CGGCAAAAAUUAAUUAAAAGUAAGGUUAGAAUUUCAAGAAACACGUGUUUUUACUCUUGAAUAUAUAGUGAUUUGAAUUUUAUAUUUUUAAAUAAAAGUUUAUAUAUUAUAAUAUUUUUUUGAUAUACAUAUAAUAAUUAAAUAAUAAAAAAAAAAGACAUUUUUAAAAAUGCCAAGAGAGCGAGAAAAUUCAGAGCACGAAGUUGAAAUAUCGGCUCGAGUUUUAAGAAAGCGUACAACUUCUUCGGCGGAUACUAGUGCGGAUUCAUCUCGUUCAACGAGAUAUUCGAGGAGGAACAAAAAAUCAGAAUCAGAAGAACCAGUGACACCGGCACGUGUCACACGUAGAACAAGAGCAACUUCAUUUACUGAAGAUGUUCCCGUUAUUAAAAUUAAAAAACCAUCUCCAAAGAAUCGUAAACAUUUAAAGUCAGUUCCCAUUGAAUCUUCCUUGGAAGAAGAAACAGAGGAAGAAACUGAAAAUGAUGAUUCGAUAAUUAUUGUCGACGAAAUUGUCGGCGUUAAAUCUGUGAUGAAAAAAAAGGAGAAAUUUAAAACGUUGGAAAAAGAUCUAAUGAAACGUUUAUUGUCGAAUAAAUUAAAUUAUAGUAAUUGUGAUGAUAGUUUAAUUGAAGUGAAAAACGAAUUUAAAACGAAACAAGAGGAAGUAUCUUUAAAUGAUGAAACUCUUGAAAAUAAAGUAACACCGGAAAAAAGAAAUAAAAAAAAGGAUACACCUCAGAGGAAAAAAAAGGAAACAUUAAUUAAUGAAUUGGAAACUGUUGACAAUACAGAGACACCCGAUAAAAGAAGUAAAAAAAAAGAUACUCCUAAAAUUAUGAGGAAAAAGAAGGAGGAAACAACUUUAAUAAAUGAAAUGGAAACACCGGAAAAGGGGAUUCAUAAAAGAAAAGAUACUCCUUAUCCUCAGCUUUUGAAUAAAUCGAAUAAUUUCAAGAAACAAUAUACGGAGGAAUUAGAUAAAAAUAAUGAUGACGAAGAAAGAUACUUUGAACCAAUGGAAGUUGACACGUCAAUUGCAAAUAUUCCAAAUAAUUCGUCUGACAAUGUUGAAAAAAUUAUCGUUCCAGAGAGAAUAAAUCGUGAUUUUAAACCACGAAAAAGUAUGAUUGAAAUUGGAAGUGAAAAACAUUUGAUUUCAAAAUCACGUUACAGUUUAGAAAAUAAAGAACCUAAAUCUGUAUUUAUCAAUGAUAAACUUAAAGAAAAGAAAUGUCGCAAUUCAAUGUCAAACGAAAAUUUAAAACUGAAAUCAACCGAAAAUUUAGAAUCAAAUUCAAAUGAAUUUUCCGAAGAUUUUGAAUUGAAAUCAAACGAGAUUUCCGAAGAUUUUGAAUUGAAAACAAAUGAAAUUGUUGAAAAUUUAGAAUUACAAUCAAAUGAGAUAAUAAAUAGAAAACGAAAGAGAGUUGAGAGUGAAAGUGAUGAUAGUUCCAGAGAUGAUUUCGAAUUAACAACAUAUGAAUAUGAUUCAUUGUCAGAGGAAAGUAAAACCAAAACAACAUCAAAUAAAAGUCAAAUUUCAAAGUCUUUCGAAAAAGAAGAAGAAGAUAUUCUCAAUUCUGAAAAUGAAGAAGAAGAAAAUUCCAAUUCUAAAAAACAAAACAAAUUCAAUUCUGAGAAUGAUGAAAUAAAUUUUAAAUUAUUGCGCAAAAAUCACGAUAAAUCAAAAUCGUUUAGUUUCGAAGAAAUUGUGUCAAAUAAUAAAACAACAGCAACACGAAGUAUUAAAUCUCUCGAUAGAAUGAGCUUAAAUAAAUCAAAAAAUAAUAACGAAACUAAUUCUGAAGAUUCUGAUACUAUAGAAAUGUCAAAUAAAUCAAAAAUAAAUAACAUUGAAAUUUUAUCAUCAGGAAAUAAUUUGAAUAAAAUGAAAAAUAUAACAAACUCAUCGUCAGAGGAAGAAGAAGAAGAAGAAGAAAAUGAGAAAUCGAUAAAUCAAGAGCAAAUUCAGAGUGUUAAAAAAUCGCGAACAACUCGAAGCAAAAGUAAAACUCCAACGCCGAAGAAUUCCAAAUUCGAUAAAUUUGAAAACAAAGUUGACAAUUCAUCAGAAGAAGAAGAGCAAAUUGAGAGUGUUAAAAAAUCGCGAACAACUCGAAGCAAAAGUAAAACUCCAACGCCGAAAAAUUCCAAAUUCGAUAAAUUUGAAAACAAAGUUGACAAUUCAUCAGAAGAAGAAGAGCAAAUUGAGAGUGUCAAAAAAUCGCGAACAACUCGAAGCAAAAGUAAAACUCCAACGCCGAAGAAUUCGAAAUUCGAUAAAUUGAAAAAUAAAAAAGAAAAUGUAGGAAAUUCAUCAGAAGAAGAAGAAGAAGAAGAAGAGGAAGAGGAAUCGAUAAAUCGAGAGCAAAUUGAAAGUGUUAAAAAAUUACGAAAAACUCGAAGCAUCAGUAAAACUCCAACGCCAAAAAAUUCGAAAUUCGAUAAAUUGAAAAAUAAAAUUGAAAAUAUAGGAAAUUCAUCAUCGGAAGAAGAAGAAGAAAAAGAAGAGGAAGAAUCCACAAAUCGAGAACAAAUUGAGAGUAUCAAAAAAUUACGAAAAACACAAAGCAACACUAAAACUCCAACGCCGAAAAAUUCGAAAUUCGAUAAAUUGAAAAAUAAAGUGGAAAACGACAAAAAAUUAAAUCUACACAAGUUAUUAGAUGAAGAUUCCGAGGAUUCUGUCUCGAGGAUUCCCACUUUUAUGUUCAGUCAAACUAGCGAAAGUGAGGAAACCGGUGAAGAUGCAUCAAGGAGUAUUGAUUCGGAUAUCGCUCGUGAAUAUAAUCUCAGUGGUAAAGAUAUUUUACAUUAUUCCGAUGAUGAUGUUCCUGGCGACGAUUGUCGAGGUUCAGAAUCAGAGCAUUCAGAUUCGGAAGACAAUGGUUCGGAUUUAGCCGAUUUCAUUGACGAUGACGAUGUAGAAGAAGAAGAAGAAGAAGAAGAAGAAAAGGGGGAAGAAAAAGAUUCCGAAACAGAAUGCGAAGAAAGUGAUAAAGAAAAAGAGAUUGAGAAAACAGCAAUAAUCGAUGAUGAUGAAGAAGAACAGGAAAUUGAUCAAGAAGAUGAUGAUAAUAAUGAAGAAAUUGACGAAAGCGAUGAAUCUGUCUUUGAAUGCAAUUUAAAAUCAUCUCUUCAAUUAUAUAAAUCAAAAAUGCAGAAGAAAGUAAAAGAUAACGAAAAGAAGGAUGAAAUUGAAAAAGAAGAAAUUGAAGAAAAUGAAACAGAAAAAAUUCUAAAAUCUGUGAAUGAAAUUGAAGACAAUUUAAUGAAAAACAAAUUACCAUUGGCUAGUCCUGUUUUAUCAAAAAGUCGAUCUUUAACUGACGAAGAAGAAAAAUGUGAAUCUUCAAAUCAUGAAAAAUCGAUAAUUGAAUUAAAACGUAAGAAAAAAAAUAAACGUGAAUUAAAAUCAACAGCGUCAAAAACUCCAGUUGCAUCAUCAACUCAUUAUGAAUUAUCCGAUGAUGACGAUAAUGAUGAAAAUAAUGAUAAUGAUGAAUCGCCACAAAGUCUCAGUUUUGCCGAAGCUUUAGAACGUGCUUCAAAUGAUUUGAAAAAAAGGGCCGAAAGUAUAAAACAGGGUAUUAAAAAUAAGGAUGGUGAUAAAAAAAGAAAGAAAAAUAAAAAGAAUGAGGAGAAUAGUAAAAAAAUAAAAUUAGAAAAAAUGAAACGUCUACCUGAUGAAGUAAUUCAAGAACUUGAUGAAAUUGCAAGGCCACAAAAGAGGCAAAAAAUAUUGAAAAAAGAAAAUUCCGAUUCACCAGCACGAAUUCGUCAAUUAAAUUCUUUAAGAAAUAAAAAUUUAGCUUCUGUUAGUACAUUUGGUAGUACAACUGAUUUUGAAAUUGUUAAUUUACAAAAAGAAAAGAAACCAAAAACACAAACAUCAUUGGGAAUGAAAUGGUUUAAACAAAGAAUGUUGGCGCGAAAUGCACGUCAGCCAAUUUCUUCUUAUUUACGUGAACAACAAAAAAGAAAAGCCGCUAAUAAAAAUCAUUUUUCUGAUUGAUUGAAGGAAAAAAAACAAUAACGAUUUCAUAAUUUUUUUUUUUUAUUUUUAUUCAAAACAUUUUUUGCAUUUAUUAUAUAUGUAUUAUAUGUAUAUCGCCAUAAAUAGUUUAUUAUUCCUUUGUCUUUAUAGUGUGAUAUAAUUAUGAUUUUGUAAAAAUAAUUUCCUUUUUUUUAUGUUAGGACAUAGAAAUAAAUACUGUGACAGAAUAUUUUUUUAAACGUUAAAAAUAGAAAAAUAAAUUUUAUAAAAUGUAAUUAAAUGUUAAUUUGUAUUUUAAAUGCUCUACUUUUUUUUUUAAUAUCGUGUCUGCAAUUACGAAAUAAAAUACAUUUUAUAUAAA